GCGAUAUGUUCUGCGGUUUGACGGGUAUACUGAAUAACGCUCACUUAGAGGAUCCGGAGAGCUAUCAAAAGGAUCGACUCUCUGGUCGACGUCCUCUUACCGGUCCAGGAGGCGCAACUACCUCAUCGCUGCGCAGUUUGGCGGAGAGUGGUGCUGACUUAAGGCUCACAAGUCGUGCAAGAUUCUUUCUACCUGCCAGUCACUCCUACAACUGGUCAUUUCUUGUACCAGUUAUUUCGACCAGUCAUUUCUAGUACCAGUUAUUACUACCAGUCAUUUCUACCAGUUAUUUCUAGUACCAGUCAUUCCUACCGGUCAUUUCUAGUACCAGUUAUUUCUACCAAUCAUUCCUAGUACCAAUCAUUCCUAGUACCAGUUAUUUCUACCAGUGAGUCAUUUCUAGUUCUAGUACCAGUAACUCUAUUUCUUAGUCUAACUAAGGACGCUUUUGGCUAUUGGAAAUAUAUGCGUGACGAGGAUCAUUACUAUGCGGAACUCAGAAGUUUGUUCUCCUCGGCUGACGAGGACCAAGUCGUGAGUAGUGCGUCUCACCUUGUUGUGGCUGCGGAUGAAUUCUCCGUAGAACGAGAACAUUCCGAUUCGGAAGUAGAGGACCUCAAUGUUGUUCAUCUGGUGCAGGACGAUAAGAACAUUUCUCUUUCAUCUGGUAAUAGAAGUGCAGCUGGUGGCGUACAGGCACAGGAGAUGCAACUGCUACUGCAAAGAAAGCAAAACAACACAACUCCCAAAAUAAAUGUGCACACGUCCUCGACUGUCACGACGACGAGAAACCUGCGAAGCAACCUCCACAGACCGAAUCCGAACUUGCAAAACUCGUUUUCUUCCACAGCCAAAAACAGGAACACAACGAGUAGAACAGGCACAUCAAACCUAAACUUGAACAAGAGCAACGACAAGCCAAAUUCAAUGAACCAAGACGAACAGAAAAAUCUACAGAACACUAGAAGCAACCUUCUACUCGACGAAGAGGACUACGGCCUAAAUAUCGUCGCAGAUAGUGAUCUGAUAUAUUAAGGCAGGGUAUGAAAAUGUAAAGGUAGACGACCACCUACAAUCUGCUUAAGUACAACAACUUGAAAGAUCAACUAGUGUAGUGGAUGUUUGUAAAACCUCUAGAAAUAGACUGCCCUCAGUAAUUAUAAUCUUCAUAAUCGACUGGUAGUUGUAGUAGUCAACUACGUAGUUGUCUUACCAGUGGAGGUAGAGAACGACCACUAAAGACGCGUGAGGAUGAUAUUGUAGUUCUAUAAUUCUAAUUUUGCAUGGAUCUUGAGGAUAUAGGUCCCCAGAUUCCUCAUCAACGCACGUGCGCCUUCCUGUCGCAGAACACCACGCAAGCUGAGCCAGGGCGAGGACCAUUUCUCAUCUAUGUUGACGGGAAAAACAAAAAGUGCGUGUAGAAGUUCUUGUACUCAUCAAUAUUAUUACUCAAGAAAAGUAGAUGUAGAUGGACAAGUGUACUCAACAUACUGUCAUAAUGAAGAAAUAGAGAGGCUGUUUCCACCUAUUAUACUUAGAAAGUUUAUACUUAGAAAGUACUUAGAUCAUGGAACUGAUACUGCUCAAGAAAAGUAGUACAGUAAUACUUAUACGACCAUAGAUACUUCUAAACAAGGUGGUGGCUCUUAUUUCAUCCUUCUACUGGGAUGAAUUGGUGGAAAGUGCCUAGUGCUCUCUUGAGCAGGAUCGAUGAAGAGUACCCACUACCGCAAAAGUCCUUAUCCCCCAAUCAAUAAAACAUAGGAAGCGUUCGAGACUGCAGCUUCUAUUAUAAGGGUAGGUUAAAGGUGCUUUUCUUACCGCUUUUUAUGCCUCUCUCCCUUAGGAUGAGAAAGGCAUAAAAAGCGGGGGAACCCGCAAGCACCAAAAGCCUACCUCUAAUUCUAGUUGAGUUUAAUUUAGAAGGACAAGGAAUAGCAGACUUCCUGUUCCUUUUUAAUAGAAGGAAUAGCAGACUUCCUUUGUUCAUACCACCCCAGAAUACCUCGCGAGAAAUUUUCCUGCGAUUGGGGCAUUCAUUCGGACUAUAUCGAAAUCCAACACCUUCACCGCCGCCAAGAAUAGACUGCGUUACCUCGUGCAAAUGCAGAUUUAUGACGUGAACAAGGUCUACUAGAUUUAGUGUAUUGUAAGAUUUGUACUUAAGAUGUAAGAUGAAUAUCAAUAUUUUUGUUGAAGAAAGUGCUCAUAAUUAGUACUAUAACUAAGUACUUCAUUGGAUGAACUAGUACAACAAUUUUUUUUUCUAGAACAUCAACAUAUUUUUAAUAUCCUUCUAAGAAAAUGAAGAAAGCAAGGAACGCGAACGCGAGGGUGGGGAUGGCGUAUUAACGACUGGCAUAGCUGAAGAAAGAGCGAUGGUGGAAGCCAGCCGACACAAGAGUGACGAUACGCGAGUAGAAUUACGCUUGGCUCUGGAGGUGAAAAAGAUGUUUGAAGAAGCCGAGGCACACAGGAGAUGUCGCGAGUACUCGGAGUAUUGUCGCUACGUCCUCUAUCCCAAAUUCUGCAGGGGACAAGCUUCUAGGAAAAAUCAGAGAAGCAUGAGUUUGAAGAAGAGGAGGAUCGAAGGAGAAGACCUCGAUGUGCUACGAAUUGUUGGAAGAACAAGUUGGCCGCUCUGUGAGCAUAUCUAUGUUGACCUUUUUAAGGCGGAAAGUGUAACAAGUCAUAGAGAUGCGAGAUAGAUCGCGAUCGGCCAACUUGCACACUCUAACACUAGUCGACGCCGCAGAGUCGCCGCCUUCGCCGCCUUCACCGCGUGAUGUAGCGCAUGGAAGCGUGCUGUGGCUUGGACACGAAGGAGGGGACGAGAACCAAGACGACGACACCAAUAGCCUGGAGAGUCUAGAAGACGCCAGAAAGCACGCUCAUGCACAGUUGCAAAAAGAGCAGAAGCAGAAGCAAAAUACUAUAUUAAGGCUAGUUUUUCACUAUUUUUCCACUCCCAACCCAGCCAUGUGGACUAAAUGCUGAGUGGAGUGCCCCUUGAAGAUUUAUAGGGGAAAAUAUGGGAGCAAAAACUAAAGGACAACUCACUCAACGACAACGUGAGCUGAUAGUGAAAAACAAGCGCUAAAUCAGGUGCCGAAAAAAAGUGGUGGAAAGACGCUGUCGCAGGUGGCCGUGAACAAUAGUACUAGUUCAGGAAAACGCACAGGAAGAGGCAGACCGAGAAAACAAGAUGGCUCAACAAGCAUGAUGUUCUUGAAAGCGUCGAAGAUUAAUAGGUACCAAGAGGAACAAGAGUGGGAGGAGGAUGUUUUGCACCUUAAUACGAAUGAUGCGGCUGCCGCUGGUCCAACAAGUGGGCCACGCCUCGAUGCACGGACGCUGGAAGCGUUCGCGAAGCAGGCAUUUAAACCAAGUAAAGAAGACAUCAUCCGAAGCCACCUCCGAAAUAACGCAGAGUUUCAACCCGUACCAGGUGAAGAGUAGGGACGAGAGGAAGACCUAACAUGAUAAGGUUGAGUAGGUCAUGCAAGAACUAGCACUCGCUCUAGGGGUAGAGGAGCUAAAGAACUUCUAUGAUUACUUUUGUAUGUCACAACAAGAAGUCCGACGACGAGUCUAAUUUUAGGUGGGAGCAGAAAACGUCUCUGAGGGACAGGAAGAAACAUGUUAAUCCUCUCUCAACAGCUCACGACGCAAUCUUCUGAAUUGAUUUUAUCACGUAUAAAUGUUCGGUUCCUUAUAAAUGAUACUGGCUAAAUCAUCAUGCUCAUUUCUUUCAUCUUGUUUAUACCAAUAAACACGACAUCUAUGAUUUUUGUUCUGUCAUUUCGCGACUCAUCCACUGUAGAUGAAGCAGGAACAAAAACACGAACACGAUACAAUGAAUAUUACACCAACAACGUCGAG